CACCAACAGUUGGAUUUUGGAUUGUUGUCUGACGUUUCAUCCUCAGCUCGACUUUCUUUCCUUCUUUCGGUGAAAUCUUUGAAUGAUACACCGCGUUCCCCUCUUAAGUUAAAUCGGUUUUUACAUUUUCUUGAGUUUAAACUCUACAAAUGGCGUUAAAAGGAAGAAAGUCCUCAACCAAAAACCCACCGUUUUUCAGUCAUGAAUUUGUAAUACAAAAUCAUGCUGAUAUUGUAUCAUGUUUUGCUAUGAUAUUUGUAGUUGGAUUGAUGGUCCAGGUUACGUCGCCUUUGGCUUAUAUGUUCAUUGCCGUCCACCACAAUGUUAGUUCUGAACAGCAGUCUGCAGAAACCCCAGAUGUCACUCGCUUCACCUACGGAUACAAAGAUAUUUGUGCUGUCUUCUUUUACUUCCUCAUCUGUAUUGUCAUGCAUGCAAUAAUCCAGGAAUAUGUUUUGGAUAAAAUCAGCAGGAAGCUCCAUUUGUCCAAAGUGAAGCAUAGCAAGUUCAAUGAAUCUGGACAGCUGUUGGUGUUUUAUGUGAUGUCAGUACUUUGGGGAGGAGAUGCCAUUCUAAAGGAAAACCUGGUUUUGAACAUUUCGUCUCUAUGGGAAGGGUACCCACACAAUGAAAUGACUUUUAUGUUUAAAUUCUUCUUCAUCAUUCAAAUGUCUUACUGGCUUCAUUGCUACCCAGAGCUUUACUUCCAAAGGACCAAACGUGAGGAAAUGUUCCCUAGAGUUCUGUACGCUACUGUCGGCUUGGUCUACGUCGCUGCAGGCUACUUGCUCAACUUCAACCGUGUCGCCAUCUGUCUUCUGGUUAUCCAUUACUUUUCUGAGGCACUGUUCCACGUUGCCAGACUCGUUGACUUUGUCGACAAAGAGGAAAAGGGCAGCAAAGCUGGCUACUUGGUGUCUGACGUAUUUUUUGUGUUGGCUCGUCUGGCGUCCAUCAUUCUGUCAGUGUUGACCUUCUGGUACGGACUGUCCCUCAGCGACACCCAGGGCCUAGACCUGGCCGAUGGAAACUUCAACAUCCCGCCCAUCAGGCUCUUUGCUCUCGGCGCUGUUUGUCUGCUACAGGCAUAUCUCAUGUUCCACUUCAUCACUGACAAGUUGCGUCAGCUGAGAGAACAAGCCCCGUCUGUGCAAACCCGCAAACUCCCUGCCAAGAAGACUGUGCCCAAGAAGAAGAAGGAUGAAUCUUCCAGCAGUCUGGUAGGCACACUCUUGGGAAAACUAUUUGGAACCAAACCCAAAAAAGCCAAGGCCAAGGCUAACUCCGCCAUUGACGACACAUUCAACGAGAUGACCGAAGUCGACCAGAACACCAAGAAGAGUCUGAGAUCCAGAACCGUCAAGACAAAGUAAAUGUGCUCAAUUUGCACAAUCAUUGCUGUCUAAUGCAUAAAUUUGAAUUCUUUUACAUUCAAUUUUGUUAAGACUUACUUAAUUUAUUUUUGAAAAAACUUUUACAUUUUUUUAUUGAUUUAUUGAGGUUGUAUAUUGAGGUCUUGAAAUAAAGUCGGUGUGUAUGGUGGA